GUCGGGGAAAUGUAUCUUCGCCUCGUGCCUAGAUCAGACUCUCCCCUCUCUUCCUCCUCUUCCCUUCAUUUCCUCAGCUUUACACACUUUCGUUUGCUAUCUUCGUUGUUUCCUUUUGGAUCUGAAUAAAUUUUAGGGUUUUUUUCCUGAUCGAAUCAAUUUACACUGUCACACAAAAAAUAAAAAUCGCAUAAAUUUCCAUUGUUUUGGUUUUAUCUUUAGCUGUAAGCUAGGGUUGUUGAGUUGCUACUAUAAUUGCCGCAUUGGGGGAUGGAGAAGAAGAAGGUGGCGGUUCCGCUGGUGUGCCACGGCCACUCUCGUCCGGUGGUGGAUCUCUUCUACAGUCCCGUUACGCCUGAUGGCUUCUUCCUCAUCAGUGCUAGCAAGGACUCUAGCCCUAUGCUCAGAAAUGGUGAGACUGGAGACUGGAUUGGAACAUUUGAAGGGCACAAAGGGGCCGUGUGGAGUUGCUGCUUGGAUACUAAUGCCUUACGUGCUGCAUCUGCUUCUGCUGAUUUCUCAACGAAAGUUUGGGACGCUUUGACAGGAGAUGAAUUACACUCUUUUGAGCAUAAGCACAUUGCUCGAGCUUGUGCUUUUUCUGAGGAUACUCACCUUUUGCUCACUGGGGGAGUAGAGAAAAUUCUCCGAAUCUAUGAUAUGAACCGGCCUGAUGCACCACCUAGAGAAGUGGAUAAAUCCCCUGGUUCAGUGAGAACUGUUGCAUGGCUUCACAGUGACCAGACCAUAUUGAGUUCUUGUACUGAUAUGGGAGGUGUCAGGUUAUGGGAUGUAAGAAGUGGUAAAAUAGUUCAGACACUCGAAACUAAGUCAUCUGUGACAAGUGCAGAAGUGAGUCAAGAUGGCCGAUAUAUUAUAACUGCUGAUGGUUCUACAGUUAAGUUUUGGGAUGCAAAUUACUAUGGAAUGGUGAAGAGUUAUGAUAUGCCCUGCACUGUGGAAUCAGCUUCAUUAGAGCCAAAGUACGGGAACAAAUUCGUUGCUGGGGGAGAAGAUAUGUGGGUUCGUGUUUUUGAUUUCCACACAGGCAAUGAGAUUGCAUGCAACAAGGGCCACCAUGGUCCUGUCCACUGUGUCCGUUUUUCUCCUGGAGGAGAAUCCUAUGCCUCAGGAUCUGAGGAUGGAACCAUCAGAAUAUGGCGGACAGGCCCAUUGACUCAUGAUGAGUCCGAGGAUUUAUCUGCAAAUGGAUCAAUUGAUAAGGUGAAGGUAACUGCCGAUGAGGUUUCACGCAAGAUUGAGGGUUUUCACAUUGCGGAUGAGGGGAAACCCAAAGAAAAGGAAGAGGCAGGGGAGGAAUGAUGCUAAUAACUGCUCAUUUUUUUUCUGGCAGUGUUGGCAUUUCCUAUCAAGUGCCUACUAAUGUAGUAAACUAAGUUAUGUAAAUUUUAGUUUGUAUUGGACACUUACUGAGUUGAACGAGCUUCCUGUUUUAUGUUUGCUUUCAUUUCAACUCUGUUCUGGGACUUUUAGGUAUAUAGGAAUGACUUGGCAUAGUUGUUAAAAAAUCAUGACCAUUGAAUUUGGCUUGAAUCCAGAGAUGAUUAUGUUAAUCUUUGCCAGGAUACAGUCUAGUGUUUUCUUCUUUC